UUUUUUCUGCUUUCAUCCGAGGUACAAACAAAAAAAUACAGUCGCCAUGUCUUUCGUUGCCUACAUUUCACUACUGUGCUUUGCGGUGGCGUGUGCCCAUCCAAGCACUAACGGAGAUUCGGACAAGAGGAAUCUCCUGGAACUUGGCACCCUGCUCGGUACCGUCACCGGAAAUCCAGCCCUGGAUUACAACGGAUAUGGAUGCUACUGUGGAUGGGGAGGCGCUGGUACCCCCGUUGACGCCGUGGAUAGGUGUUGCCAGGUGCACGACCAGUGCUACGGUUCAUUGAGCUCGUCUGGAUGUUAUCCCAAACUUGAGACCUACCACUACACAUGCUCGGGCCACUCUUGUCAUUGUAACAGCCAAACAUCUUCAUGUGAGGACAGAACCUGUAAAUGCGACAUCGACUUCGCCAACUGUGUGGCCGCACAUCCCUACAACGAUAGGUACCACAACUACAACCACAACAACUGCUAGAACCUGAAUCAACGAAAAUAACCACACCAACUGCUAGCAACAAAAGACUUCUAAUAAAUGUUUCAUAUUUAUCAAGAAAAACCAAAA